UCUUUCUCUCUCUCUCACAAGAGCUUUAUUUUUAUUUCUCUCACAAACACAGCACAACACCUUAACUUCUUUCUUCUUCUUCUUCUUCUCAACACUGUUUAAACGUUGUAACUAACGUUCUAGUUAUGGAAACCCGUGUUUCACCUCUUUGAUUUCGUGAGAACCAUUGAUUGAUUCAUGCAACGAGUUUGAAACAAAUUUUCAGUUCUCCUCGUUUUCUAUAACUUAUUUUUUCUUCUCCAAAUUUUUUGCACCAGUUUGUGGGGGGUUGACCUAUAAGGCAGUGUUUGGGGGCUGAAAUCUCAAAAGGGUGUCUUCAAUUUCGCGGCUUUGGGCAAUGCAGCGGCGAAACUCGAAGUGGGGGUGGUGAGUUUUCAAUUGGGUCGCGAAUUUAGGGGCAAAGUUGAUAAAUUUCGGUGGUUUUCGUUGGUGGGGUGUGGCCAAUUAUGGUGUUAUCGGCUUCGCCAUGUUCCUUGGCGAGAAGCUCGCUGGAGGAGAUGCUCGAUUCGCUUCGCCGGAGGGAUGAGGAGGAAGAGAAGAAGAAGGACUUGCCGCCGGCAUUGCCUGCGAGGCCAACCUCCCGGGCACGGCUUCCUCCGGCGCGGCGGUCGCUGCCGAACAACUUUAAGGUCGGCGGCAGCGAGCCUGUCGCGCCGGAUAAUGUAGAUAGUUCCAAUGAGGAGAGAGAUUUGGGGCUGAAGAGGAGAAGGGGUGGUUUUGGGAGCAUGAGGGUGAAGAAAGAUGUGGACUCUCCUUAUGUGGCACAUUCUUCCACUGCUUCAUCAGGGGUGGUUUGGGAAUUGGAGGGUGAUGACAGCAUUUCUUAUUUCAUAAAGAAGAGGCUUCAUAUUUGGUGUAGGCAACCAAGAGGGCAGUGGGAACUAGGAACGAUACAGUCAACUUCAGCAGAGGAAGCAUCUGUUUCACUCUCAAAUGGAAAUGUUAUGAAAGUAGCGAGAUCAGAGAUCCAACCAGCUAAUCCUGAUUUUUUGGACGGUGUGGAUGAUCUUAUCAAACUUGGUUAUUUGAACGAGCCAUCAGUUCUUCACAAUCUUAAGUGUAGAUAUUCUCAAGGGAUGGUUUAUAGCAAAGCAGGUCCCAUUUUAAUUGCACUUAAUCCUUUCAAAGAACUUCAGAUGAAUGGAAAUGAUAAUGUCUCGGCUUAUAGGCAGAGAUUUCUUGAUAGCCCUCAUGUUUAUGUUAUGGCAGAUGCAGCUUAUAACAAGAUGAUGAGAUAUGAAGUAAAUCAGUCCAUUAUCAUAAGUGGUGAGAGUGGAUCUGGGAAGACAGAAACCGCUAAAGUUGCAUUGCAAUACUUAGCUGCACUUGGUGGUGAUGGCAGUGGUGCGAUAGAAAAUAAAUUUCUUCAGAUAAAUCGUAUACUGGAAGCUUUUGGGCAUGCAAAAACAUUGAGGAAUAACAACUCCAGCAGAUUUGGAAAGUUGUUUGAAAUUCAUUUCAGCUCCAUGGGUAAAAUAUGUGGGGCUAAAAUUCAAACCUUAUUAUUGGAAAAGUCCAGAGUUGUUCAACUGGCAAGUGGUGAGAGAUCGUAUCACAUAUUUUAUCAACUUUGUGCUGGAUCUUCAUCUGGUCUUAAAGAGAGACUGAAUAUUAAAGGAGUCGGUGAAUAUAAAUAUCUAGUUCAAAGUGACUUCAUGUCGAUUGAUGGUGUUGAUGAUUCUAAAAACUUUCAUCAGCUGAUGAAAGCGUUGGAUGCUGUUCAAAUUUGUAAAGAGGAUCAAGAGAUGAUAUUUAAGAUUCUUGCUGCAAUACUGUGGCUGGGAAAUAUAUUAUUCCAAGUAGACAGCAAAAAUCAUAUUGAGGUUGUCGAUGAUGAAGCUGUAACCACUGCUGCCCAACUGAUGGGUUGCAGUUCCCAGGAAUUAAUGACGGCAUUAUCUACCCAAAAAAUCCAAUCUGACAAGGAUACUAUUACCAAAAAUUUGACAUUGAGGCAGGCAAUUGAAAGAAGAGAUGCAAUUGCAAAAUUUAUCUAUGCAAGCUUGUUUGAAUGGCUUGUAGAACAAGUUAACAAGUCACUUGAAGUGGGUAAAAAACGUACUGGGAAAUCCAUAAGUAUCCUUGAUAUUUAUGGAUUUCAGACUUUCCAGAAAAACAGCUUUGAACAGUUUUACAUAAAUUAUGCCAAUGAGAGGAUUCAACAACAUUUUAAUCGGCAUCUGUUUAAACUUGAGCAGGAGGACUAUGAAUUGGAUGGCAUUGAUUGGACUAAAGUAGAUUUUGAGGACAAUCAAGGGUGUUUGGAUCUAUUUGAGAAGAAACCUUUCGGUCUACUCUCUUUGUUGGAUGAGGAGUCAAAUUUACCCAAGGCUUCUGAUUUAACAUUUGCCAACAAACUUAAGCACCACCUGAAUGCUAAUCCUUGCUUCAGAGGGGAAAGAGGCAGAGCUUUCCGUGUUUGUCACUAUGCAGGGGAGGUCUUGUACGAUACAAAUGACUUUCUAGAAAAGAACAGAGAUAUGUUGUCGUCUGAUUCCAUUCAACUCCUGUCAUCAUGUAAUUGUGAACUGUUGCAGUUGUUCUCCAAAAAGUUUAGUCAGUCUCAAAAGCAGAGUGUUGCAACAAAGUUCAAGGGUCAAUUGUUCAAGUUGAUGCAUCAGUUGGAGAGCACCACCCCUCACUUUAUACGCUGCAUAAAGCCAAAUGCUAAGCAGCUUCCUGGCAUUUAUGAUGACAACCUUGUCCUACAACAGCUCAGGUGUUGUGGAGUUCUAGAAGUUGUUAGACUUUCAAGGGCUGGAUAUCCUAUUCGAAUGACCCAUCUAGAGUUUUCCAGAAGGUAUGGGUUUCUGCUUUCUGAGCCCAACGUAUCACAGGAUCCAUUGAGCGUCUCAGUUGCUGUUCUGCAAAAAUUUAAUAUCCCUUCUGAAAUGUACCAUGUUGGCUACUCCAAAUUGUAUCUUCGAGUAGGCCAGAUUGGUUCGCUGGAGGAUAGGAGAAAACAGGUUAUGCAGGGAAUACUUGGGAUUCAAAAAUGCUUCCGUGGUCAUCAAGCGCGUGGUCGUUUCUGUGAACUUAAGAAUGGAGUGUCAACAUUACAAUCAUUUAUUCGUGGAGAAAAUACAAGAAGGAAAUAUGGUGUUACAGUGAAGUCUUCGAUGACGAUUUAUUCUAGAAAACUGGAGGAGAUCCAUGCAAUCAUACUAUUACAAUCUGUAAUUCGUGGGUGGCUAGUUAGAAGGGAUGUUAGUCAUGUAAAUAGGCUGAAGAAAUAUCCUGAAAAUGCUAAACCUAGGCAGAAGUCCAGUAUGAAGAUAUCAGAAAUGAAGGAUUUGUCCAAAGAGCCAGUUCAGAAUCUGCUUUCAGCUUUAGCAGAGCUGCAAAGGCAGGUUGACAAGGCAGAUGCAAUUGUGGAGCAAAAGGAAGAGGAAAAUACUGAAUUGAGGGAACGGCUAAAACAAUCUGAGAGAAAGAGGAUUGAAUACGAGACAAAAAUGAAAUCAAUGGAAGAGGCUUGGCAAAAACAGAUGGCAUCUUUGCAAAUGAGUCUUGUUGCUGCUAGAAAGAGCCUUGCUCCUGAGAAUGCUACCGUUCAACCUGUGAGACGUGAUUUCAUGUUGCCUCAAGGUUAUGAUUCUGAGGAUGCUACUUCCAUGGGGUCUCGAACACCAGGUGGAAGCACACCAAAGUUUUCUGGUAGUCUAUCUACCUCUGAUGCAGGGAGACACGUCAAUGGUACUUUGACUACAGUCGGUAAUCUGAUGAAAGAAUUUGAACAGCAUAGACUGAACUUUGAUGAUGAAGUAAAAACUUUGAAUGAGGUUAAACCAGGGCAGUCUGCUAACACAAAUAACGUUGAAGAACUUCGGAAACUUAAACAGAGAUUUGAGGGAUGGAAGAAACAAUACAAGGUUAGAUUACGUGAGGCUAAAGCAAGGGUUUAUAAAUCAGAAACUGAAAAAAGUCGGCGAACAUGGUGGGGGAAGUUAAGCUCAAGAUCAUAAUGGCAUUCACCAUUCAGUUUUUAAACUCUCUUUGCUGAGAAUAGAAAUGCUGAAGAUUUAGCAAAAAUGGCAAAAUGAUUGUUGUCAUGAACUUUGUUCUUUCUGAGGAGUUGCUUCUAUGUCUUGCAGAAUCACUUGAUAAAAGUGUUACCAAUUUACUCGUUGAAGGGAAAGAAAUUGUAUAUCUACCAAUUUUGUUACAUGGUGGAAGUAUCAUAGGUUGUGCAUAGUGGUAGAAUUGUAAGGUCGUAUAGUUGUAUUGGUUAGUCUAUAGUUUGCUUGUGUAUAUUUUUGGGGGUGAAAAAACAGUAAUGGCUCAUGUAUAUUCUGUUGAUGCUGAUGUGAUCUAAAACUUAGCCUCGAAGAUAUUAAUAGCAAGUUUUAGUAUCUUCAAUGUCAAGGGAAAAAAAUUCUGGUUAUCGAUAGAAUGAGUAUAGUUUUAAAACA